GCGAGAGCCGGCAUGCCGCGACACACUCACAACAACAACACAACGCGCCUAUGUGUCCGUCAGCAUGCUGGGCGCGCGGCUCAAGUCAUGGAUGGAGGCGCAGCUGGGGCGGGCGAAGAAGCGGAAACAGAAGAAGUCCCCGCCCCCCGCCAGCGUGGCCCCGCCGCUGUCGUCCCCCGAGAGCGCCUACAGCACCGGCUACUCCACUGACGGGACCUCGCCCGGCGUCGUGCUAGAGCGGACGACGCUCACGCCGCUUUCCGCGCCGCUCGUGGCCCCGCCGCCGCCACCCGCGCCACCGACUACACACCUUUAUCAUGAGCCAAAGCAACGUCGAGCCAGCGUAACCCGUCAAUGCGAGCCGGUCUGCGCGACCCCGUCGCCCCGUCCGCGGUGUCGGAUCAGGACCAACCCGUGGCUGGGUGCGACGUCGCCAGCUCGCAGGCGGCCCGGCAUCCUACACCAGCAGUCGCUGCAGGUGCCGGCGCCGACGCCGCAGCUGCACCAUGCACCAUAUUCGCUGGACUCGCAUUGUAGAUAUAGGUCACCGCAUCUCUCUCCGCACCUGUCCCCACAUCUCUCCCCACAUCUUUCCCCGCAUCUCUCCCCGCGUCUCUCCCCGGAGCCGUACCGCUACUACCGCGGCGUGUCCAGCGACGAGGAGUGCCGAGAGAGAGGGAAGAUACGUGGAAGGGAGACGGCGAUAUUGUCAGACGCGGAUAUAGACUCGGAUGGGGACACGGGGCUAGAUGGGGGAGAUGAGGACGAUGAUACGGGGAAUCACGGGAGAAGACGCGCGAGGCGCCGCCGACCGCCGCGGAGGCCGCCGAGAUCUGCAGGGGCAACGCCACCCCGUCAUCGCCGUCGGCACGCGCCUUCCGCUCCCCCCGUCAGAGAGCGCGACCCCCUGCUGGAGGCCGACCGGGAGGCGGAGAGGAAGUACCGGGAACUGAUCCGGGAGGCGGAGAAGCUCCUCGUCACGGUGUCCAGAGCCCCCCUGGAACCCCCCCACAACCCCCGAGUGAGGGAGCUCAGAGCCACCGAGGUGGAGGUCCCCCGGCGCAGUCCGGAACGCACUCACCUCACUAACUUCAUGCGCGCGAACUCCCCCGAGCCCCCCCGCCGCGCCGCCGCCCCCGCGCGCCGCUCCCCCCUCGCCGCGCCCCCGCCCGCCCCCGCCGACCGCCCCCACUCCGAGCCGCCCAAACGCAAGGCUUACGCGAGAAAUGAGGUGCUGCAAACUCUGGAGGGCCUCCGCAAGAGUCUGCAGCAGCAGUCUGCUCUCCUCGCCGUGCAGAGGACCCGCCUCGACUCCCUAUAGCUACCUCUCCCUCCUGCCAAACUGUAGGUUUUAUGUUGUAGUCCUUGAUAUGUCGUUUAACUUGCGCCUAGAUAUUUUAUGAUGCUACAUAAAAUAUGAUAAUACUCUUUCGUUGAUCUUAGUUUUUAUGGAAGUGUCAGACGAUUUACACAAACGACGAUUACUAAAGGCAACGUGGUUACGAUACUUACGACUUAUAACUCAUAUCGUAAAACCAAGUUGCU